CUGCUAAAGGCAGCAGCUCUUCCAUGCCCUUCGUUGACUGCUGUGAUGUAGAUAGUGAAUAUAACCAGGCUAUAACGCUGAAUCACACUUACAGGGAGCAGCCCAUGUUCCGCCGUGGGUCUGGCUCUGGGAGCGUUAAUGGGGCUUCGCAGGCCCAGCAGGCCCAGCAGGAGCACUUUCUUGGUAGGAUGCGGCAUAGGGAAUCCCCGUCUUCUUCCAGGCAGUUGUUCAACAUGAGCCGUGAGUUAGACGAGCCUCCAAAGCAGUCAUACCAAACGGUUGACCAGAGUCCUAUCCAUAGCAUGGUGGACCUCAGUGCCCAUAAUAGAGAGAGGCAUAGCAGCAGCCCUCUCACAGCCCCACAUAUGGGUUCAAGGAGUGGCAUCACCACUCCUGCCAUGGACAAUCAUCAAUCAAGCUCCCUCAGUUACGCUGAGCAGAACGGCUACAGCUCUGCUCCCCCUAGCUACGAGGAGGGCAGAUACUCCCCCGUCCCGAGCCGCUCUCCUCGUUUACAAAAGCUCCACAAAGUGCGUCACCACUCUGAGACAGACCCAAACCAGGGAGCGUCCUCCCCGGGGCGUGAAUCACGUCCUGUCCUGUCUCGGGCUGAACGUAUGGCGGCUCUUGAGCGUCGCAUGGUGGCCAAUGGCCUCUCUGUAGCGGGCAGGCCCAGGUCCAGUCCAGGGCUGAAGCGCUUAGGGCAGGGUGGUGUCACACACGUGGGGCCGGUUCACAUGAAUGACUGCUCCACCACCAGUGGGUCAGAGUCCAGUGAGUCUGAGGUGGAGACUAACAGGGGCAACUGCAGCAGCCCUCUGACAGUUGGUAAUCCAGUGGAGGCUAACCCCUCUUCCCCUCUACCCAGAAACAAGUUUUCCUUUGGCAGCCUCCAGCUGGAUGAGGAGGCAGAUGAGGACGGAUGCCAUGCCUUCAGUGAUGAGGAUGGCGGACAGAUUUUCAGCUGUUAGUGCACAGAGAGCUUCAAAUCGACUCCGCGGGAGAGUUUAAAGGGUUUAGAUUGGGUCCAGAUGGUAUUAGAAAAGCUGGGUUCAGUGGGUGACAGAUUAUUUCUGUCAGAGGACGGCUCGAAUCUCCACGCUCCAUGUUCACAGUAGUCUCCUUAAGCACAGCGGUACCUACUAGAAGCAGUUUUUGAGCCCACAUCAGUCUCUUUCAUCAGGAGACACUUCUCUUUGCGAGAUUUCAUGAAGGAAAAAGUCUAUUCAGGGUUUUCCUGUUUGUUGCACGGAGAAAGGUUUAUCAGUCGGCCUCCCAGUUCUUUGAUUGUUUCACACAUUCCUGCAGAAAUACACAAGUGCCAUGUUAGGAUUUAACACUGAGAAGCUACUCAUUAUUAAAAACUGCAGCGACUACAGAGAAGUUUCAAACUUGAGAAGGAUCAAAUGAGAAUUUUUUUGUUACACUUGCACUUUUCUCACAUUCUUUGCAUUUGUGGAACGUUAGAACAAAGUCAGUGAGUCGCUCAGCUUCUCUUUCUCAGAUGCCUUAUGACUUCCCGUAGGGAAAUACUCAUGGUUCAUAAUUGUUCACAGACAUUUCUGUUUUCCAUUACAUUAAUCAGAUGGUAAAAUGUUGUACAGUUUUCUGCAUCACACACUUUUUACUCAUAAUACGUCUAUUGUGGAGUCAUGAAAGACCUGUGGAUGUAUAAUUGUGGCAGUAAUUGUUGACUUUAUAGGCAUUUAUUGGGAAUAAUCCUGCUGUCUUGCUUGAUUUAUUGAUACUCUUGAUGCUGCAUCUGGCUUGUGAUUGUUGUGAGAGUACUAAGCGUCUGCCUGAAGUGUCUGAAAACUAAUUAAUAUGCUGCAAAUACCAAUUUAAACACCUGAUUGGUAUUCAAUAUCGUUUUUUGUUUACAGCACCUUCUGCUCUUUAUUAGCUUGAAAUAGAAACCUGUUUUUUUCUGGCAUGUUCUCAUCCCAGGUUGUCAAAUACCCACACUAUCUCAUGCCUUCAGCAUGUGACGUGGCGUGAGGAUGCCCUUUGGCAUCUCUGAGACGCACCCGUAACGUCUGUAUGUGACACACAACUGUCUCCUGGGGGAAAGUCAUUGUGUAUGUGGUUUGAGUUGUCAGACAAUCGUGGUUAGGUUUAAGCAACAAAACCACUUGGCUUUUGGGUUAUAAUAAGUACAUAACGUGAUGUAAAGUUGUUACAUUACAUACUCAUUUUAACCCAAAACAUGAUGAGUGAUGGCAGUGCAUGACAGCCGGAUGUAAGUUCACUCAGGAACACUUAAGUCAAAGAAAACUUAAUUUCCAUUUGCAGUAUUAUAUUUGCUGGUAUGGCUCUGUUCUUGGGCCUCUGCCUUUCCAAAGCCUCUUCCAUGCGCCUACGUGGAAAGCCCAAGGUGGAGAGAGCACACCUCUCUGCCUUUUCACGAGCCUGCGUGCAAAGCCUAAGGCAGAGAGAGGACACCUGUCUGCCCUUCCACGUGCAAACGAGGAAAGCCUGAGGCAGAGAGAGCAAACCUCCCUGCCCUUCCAUGUGCCUACAUGGAAAGCCUAAGGCAGGGAGAGCAGCAGCAUGAGAGCAUGACCUGUCUGAACUAAUGCUUCGCUCAAUUAAUGUAAUGAUACAUUAAAGCAGCAUUGAUUUUUUAGCUCAAAUACCACUGACUUUUGGUUUUACCUGAGACACUAACAGCAGUGUCCUUGGUGAAAGUCUGUGUUUCUCCGACCCAUCCACCUCCCCUUCCACCCACACUACACAGACUUUUUUGCUCUGUAUACCACAUAAGUUGAUAUGAUGUGAUUUACACUGGAGACAACUGAAAGCCGAGUGCGUCUUAUGAAGACACCAAAGGGCGCCUUUGGCAUCAGUAACACAUUCCAAGGUGCGUGACACAAGUCGAUAUUUGUCGACCUGGGAUUAAGAAAAGGUUGUUAAAUUCACAGUGGGUGUAGGAAUCGUCAAGGAACACAACAACAGGAGUAAAUAUAAGCUCAGAGUGCUUUUGUGAUUGUUGUCUAAUAGCAUUAGAAAGCGCCGCAGUGGCAGGUCUCGCUGAGAUGAAGGUAAAUGUUUGUUUCAGUGGUAGUUUAGCCACUCCACAACAGUUUAUGGCUCUCAUGCUCACUAUUGACACCCCCCUCUGCACUUGACUCAUGCUCGAGUAUCUCUGGCAGUAGUUUGAUAUCAAGCUGAGUCCUCCAGCAGCUAUGGUGUCAACAAAAUCAACACUAGUUUCCAAAGAUUGCAAAGUUCUCAAUCUCCCUUUAAAAAUGGCACUGCACUUUUCUUUUUUGGUCACUUUUUCAGAUUUCUUUUGCACGUCUGCCCACGUUUAUCUGUGUUGUUUGAGAAACUGAUGAUUUUUAUUCUGUUCUGUCUUUUAUUUCUUUGUCCAGUGUAAGCACUUGUCUGUCUGUCAGCAUGAAACUGUCACAUCUUUUCUGUGUUUAUUUUUUUUUCCAGCUGUGACUGCAUGUAAACCUGUUUUGUCGCUCACUACAGUCAGUGUGAGAUGACCAGUAUCUGGGUUGCCUUCUCUGCAUUGAUCCAGCUAACGGUUAAUUAUUCCAGAGCAGUACGUCACGUAGAGGCUGACAGGAGUUUGGGAUUAUGCAGGAAUAUAGAAGCACGUUUUAGUAACAGUGCGUGUACUGUACUAGUGAAAGACAGUUUAAGGGCAACACCUCAAAGCAGCGACUCUCUUGGCUCAUCCAUCACUGUCAGCUGCUACUGAGGUGUGCUCCCAGACAUUUUUAGCAUUGACGUCAAACAGCAAAGUGAGAUUUUGUGGUUUUAUUCAUGUGUGUGUGUGUCUGGAUCGAUAUCUAAUCUUUAUUCACCAUUUAUAUUUCAGAUGGGAUCGGAUUUCUAAAUUAUUUGAUAUCACUGUUAUCAGUGGCUCAUUCCCAGUUUUUGUUUUAUUCAACGUGGACAUGACAGUAUUACAAAUACAAAGGGCAAAUAAGUACCUCGCAACAACGUCCCUGGUUCAGCCUGUGUUGCAUGUUGUACCACCCUCUUUUCUUCCCUUAUUUAGUGUCUGCCUCUCCACCAACAGCUAUCCAAUGAAGGCAAUAAUAAUAAUGAUAAUGAUAACAAUAAACGGACCCUUGCACCUUCAAGCACAUUGGGGGGGAACUGGCAGGAUGCUGGUGAACACGGCUGUGUAUUUCAGUGAAAGUCAGACACUGCGUUCAAGAGUUAGACAGUAUUUCUUGCUCGAAUAAAGAGGCUCCGGAAGUUACAUAUAGGUUUCUUUUAAAUGCGUCAAAUUUGCAUUCAAAGUUUAAAAGUAAUUAGGGGAGCGCUGUAGAGCCAACGUGCCAUGCUCAAGCCCAACUGCACUGGCGAAUUGAAAUAAACAUGGGUGCAAAGUUUUGUGAGUUUUUGUGCAGCCUAAAAUCUUCAGACAUGUUGAAAGAAAAAACGAAAAUUCACACACAAAAUCCAAGAUGGCUGACUUCUUGACGGGCAAGAUUUGUUUACUCUCUUAAAUAUGAGAGCAAUGAUCCACUAAAAUUUUGUGAAUAUUGAAGGAACUUUAUGGCCUUUAUGAUGACUUUAUGAUCCUGGCGUGCGUCAAGGGGGCAAACUGACCAAGCCCAAUUGCACCAGCAAAUUUUUGCCAGUUUUGAUGCUCGAGCAGAUUUUGCUACGCUACAACAACUCGACAGUGUAUUUCAGUGAAAGUCAGACACUGUGUGCAGGAGUAAGACAGUAUUUCUUGCUUCAAAAACAUCGCUCUGGAAAUGACUUAAUACAGAUUUUGUCAAACUCAUGAAAAUUGCAUUAAAAGCCUAAAAGUAAUUAGGGGGCGCUGUAGAGCUGAUGUGUCAUGCUCAAACCCAAUUGCACCAGCAAAUCAAACUAAAUGUGGGUGCAAUGUUUCUUGAAUUUUUGUGCAUCCUAAAGUCUUUAAACGUGCUUGUAAAAUGAAAAUUCACACAGGAAAUCCAAGAUGGCUGACUUCGAGUUGGGGAUAAAAAAUCCCCCAAAUUUUGUAUAAACUCUUAAAAAUAAGAGCAAUGAUCCACCGAAAUUUUGUAAACUUCAAAGAAACUUUAUCCCAACUCUGGCGUGAAUCAAGGGGGCAAAUUAGCUCGCUGACCAUGCCCGAGCCCAGUUACAUUGAAAUAAACAUGGAUGUUUCUUGAGUUUUUGUGCAUCUUAAAAUCUUUAAACGUGUUUGUAAUACAAAAAUUCAUACAUGAAAUCCAAGAUGGCUGACUUCUAGUCUGGCAAGGCAAAAAAAAUGCCCCAAGUUUGUAUAUGCUCUUGAAUAUGGGAGCAAUCAUCCACUAAAAUUUUGUAAACAUCAAAGGAACUUUAUCACCACCCUGGCGUGCGUCAAGGAGGUAAAUUAGCUCGCUGACUAUGCCCGAGCCCGAUUGCUCGUUUUUGUGCAUCCUAAAGUCGUUAAAGGUGUGUAAAAUGAAAAUACACACUGAAAAUCCAAGAUAGCUGACUUCCAGUUGGGAAAAAAAUCCCCCAAAUUUUGUAUAUGCUCAUGAAUAUGAGAGCAAUGAUCCACUCAAAUUUUGUGAGCAUCAAAGGAACUUUAUCUCAACCCUGACAUGUGUAAAGGGGGCAAAGGAGCUCGCUGGCCGUUCCCAAGCCCAGUCACUGCAGAACUUUGCCAUUUUCUGUUUUCAGUUUUGAUGUGCGAGCAGAUUUUCGUGACUUUACAAGCAUCCUAAGGCCCUAAAAAUGUGACUGAGCAGCAGGAAAGAAUUAUUCUCUCCAGAAACAAUAGGUUCCUCCCCUUUUCUGUGCCAGGGACUGCACUAGUGUGCUCAGGCACUAAUAAACAAAAAUGUUUCAAAACGCUGUCAUGUCCAUGUAGAAUACAUGCAGAUUAUCACUACCCAGCACCUGCAGACAUUCUUGGCUGAGCAUGUGUUUCCUUAUUAUUAACAUUAUCAGUGGCAAAAACUUUCUGCGUGACAUAAUCAGCACAGCACUAUAAAAGGUUAGAUUAGACAUGUUAUAUGAGUUACUGGAUCCCUGCAGUGUGAGGAAACCCUCUCUGGUGCACAAAGCUCCCCCAAAGACCUGGAAUGACUCUGUCUCACUAAAAGAAGUAAUUUGAAGCAGACAGAGAAAAAAUACCGCUCUGCAAAUUUGGUCAUUUAACUCCAAACCAUCAAACAUAUGUUGGGUUGGCUCAGAGUCGCUCCCAGGUCUGCAGGAAAGGCUUGUGUGUUUUUCAACCACUGGUGUCCUUCAGGGUGUUUUUUCAGUGCAUGCUUUGCUAAACCAGGACUGAGGCGUGGUGCACAUCAUGCUGUUCUGCCCUGUCUGCUGUCUGCAUGUAUGUACUGUAUGUUCUGUAAUAUACAUGUAGUCCUCUGGGUAACUUCACUGUCAUUUCCUAAUUUAGUAUAACAGACUGAAUGUGAUGUUAGAUAAGAUUAUAAGACUAGGGAAUCAUGCAGUAUGAUUAGGGACUGAAUUUUUAACACAGCUUAUUCGUAUACAGUAUUUCGACAGCUCACUGUCUCACUGUUACAAGUAAAUUGAUGUAAAAACUUAAUUUGUAUUCAUCCACUGAAUAAUGCAUGUUUUUCCUCAUCACCUACUGACAUUUUUCAGUAAUAACAAAGUCACAAAAAUGUCACAAGGUUGUUUAUUUUUACAUAAUAAUAAUAAUAAUAAUAAUAAUAAUAAUAAUAAUAAAGAUCAGUUAUAUUUAAUGUUAGGUAAGGUUAGAAGGCUGCAUGAUUUCACUUUUUCAGCACUUUCCCUUCAGUCUCUCACUCAGUCACUGUUUCCCUGUACACGCUCACCUGGCUUUCACCUUUUUAUGCUGCUUUUCUCAAGAUUUCUAUUCGUUUAACAAUGUAUAUAUGUUCUUUUAGAGUCAAUAAAGAAGACCUUUAUGAAGUGAGGUUUUUCCGAAUCUUCAUUUUGAGACCCCAGAAGUUUUCUGGUGUGUGUUUAGUGCUCACUGUAGACUUUCCCUCUUUGCUCUCCCUUCAGCUCCCUGUAGCGUUGGUUGGUGGAUGUGUGUGUGCAUAUUGUAGCUUCUUUCCGCUCUCCUGUGUAGCAACCUUGUAGAUGCACACUCUGGUUUCCAUUCCUUUCCUUUGUAGAGUUUCAUAGUAAAUCCUUCCCAAAGUUGUGGUGGUGCUGGUUUGAGUGUGUGUUUGUGUCGACAAACCAGAGGACAGCAGAGAGAGGUGGGCAAGUUGCAGCUAAAACAUACUCACGUAUUGAUUGACGCUGGAGGAAGACUGCCAGAGCUGUCUGGACUGUAGAGUGAGUCAUGGCUGAUGUUUUACACUUAAUGCAGGCUGAGUUUUCUUGUGCUGCAGAGGAAAACUCUGAUCCUGGGUCAGAUAGUUUGGUUUAGUCUGCGUAGUUUCCCAAUGGGUGAUGUUUGCCAUGUUGGAUUACGAAUUAAAUGCGUGGAAGUUUAAUUCAUAUCAAAAUGCCACCAGCGUGUCUGUGGAAUUUGACUUUUGUGUAGCGCUGCAGCUAAUGAUUAUCUAUAUCAAUUAAUCUGCGACUUAUUUCCUCAGUUGAUUUGUUAAAUGUUUAGUUCACAAAGUGUCAGAAAAUAAUGAAAAAUGUCCAAGGUGACAUCUUCAAAUGUCUUGUUUUGUUUGACCAGCAGCCCAAAAACCAAAGAUAUCCAUCUACAAUUAUGCAAAAGAGCUGCAAACCCUCACAUUUGAGAAGCUGGCUGAGAAGGUUUGGGGGCUUUUGGUUAAAAAAUGAUACAAAGGAUUAUUUGAUUUUCAAAAUAGCCGCUGAUUAAUUCUCUGUUGAUCAAUUAAUUGAUAAUAUAAUUAAAUAAUCUACUUUUCUAAGCUUGUGUGACUUCAUAUGAGUUCUCACAAUGUGCCAAACUCCACCCAUCUAAAGCUAGAAGUAGGUGAAUGCUAAGAGUGUAUGUGGUUUCCUGUGUUCUCACGUCUAUAUGAAUUACUUAUCUUUUCAUUUUCUCCCCUCGCUUCGAUUAUCGACC